ACAAAACAUACUAUAACAUAUGGCAGUAUAAGUAUAUCCAACCACCCAAAAAAUUAAAAAAAAAAAUACAAUAUCACAUAGAACACUGUUUUGUGAUAAAGUAAAUGCCUUCCUGUUGAGUUUUGCAUAGAUUGUGAAAGCACCAGUGGGUUCCUGUGAAGAUUCCAUGUAGAAAUGGUACGCCUACAGCCAGAAGAAGCGAAAGAUGAGAAAACUGCGAAAACUAACAUUGAUGCAGAGAAAAAGAAGGCAGAAGGGAAUACAUUCUACACGAAUAAACAAUACAAAGAGGCAAUAGAAUGUUACACAGAAGCUAUUGAAAUAUCUCCAACAUGUGCGGCAUAUUAUGGGAAUCGUGCUGCUGCCUACAUGAUGCUGAACCGAUACAAAGAGGCUUUGUCAGACAUCAGGGAGUCCCUCAAGAUUGACAAGUCAUUCGUCAAGGGAUAUCUCCGAGAAGGAAAGUGCCAGCUGGCUCUAGGGGAAGCUCAAGCUGCCACCUGUAGUUUCAAGAAAGUCUUGGAUUUGGACCCUGAUAAUGCAUCAGCUAAGACAGAUAUUGCUAUUGCAAAUGGUGUAAUGAAGUUUGAAGACAUGGCAGAAGAAGACAUGCAGAAGGGAGACUAUAGAAAGGCUGUAUUCUGCAUGGACCAGUGUUUGCAAAAAUGUCCAGCAUGUAUUAAGUUUAAACUGAAAAAAGCAGAGGCUUUGGGACUAUUAGGCAGAUACCAGGAAGCUCAAGAAAUUGCCAAUGAUAUCUUACAACGUGAGGAUUCCAUGAACUCUGAUGCUUUGUAUGUAAGGGGUCUCUGUCUAUAUUAUGAAGAUAUGGUGGAUAAAGCUUUCCAGCAUUUUCAACAAGUAUUGAGAUUAGCUCCUGACCACAGCAAAGCCAAAGAAAUAUAUAAGAAAGCAAAGGCCUUGAAAGCAAAGAAGGAAGAAGGGAACACAGAAUUCCGCUUGGGAAAUGUACAGAAAGCACAUGAUCUGUAUACAGAGGCACUCGAAAUAGAUCCUCUCAACAAAUUCACAAACUCCAAGUUAUAUUUUAACAGAGCAACAGUAUCAUCAAAGUUAAACCGAAUGGAUGAUGCCAUAAGUGAUUGCUCGAAUGCAAUAGAACUUGACGACACCUAUAUCAAGGCAUAUUUAAGGAGGGCAAAAUGUUACAUGGAUACUGAACAAUACGAGGAGGCGGUCAGAGAUUAUGAAAAGAUCUUUAAAACUGACAAGUCAAGAGAACAUAAAAGACUCUUACAAGAAGCAAAACUGGAAUUAAAAAAGAGCAAGAGAAAGGAUUAUUAUAAAAUUCUCGGUGUCAACAAAUCGGCCUCAAUGGAAGAAAUAAAGAAGGCGUACAGGAAGCGGGCAUUAAUUCAUCAUCCAGAUCGACACAGUCACGACACACCAGAUAAACAGAAGGAGGAGGAGCGUAAAUUUAAGGAGGUGGGGGAGGCAUACGCUGUGCUGUCAGACACGCGGAAGAAGGACCGAUAUGACAGUGGUGCUGACUUAGAUGAUUUAGAAGGACCCGGUGGAUUCGAUCAUGUAGAUCCCAAUGUGAUAUUCCAGACAUUCUUUGGGGGUGGCGGUGGUGGGGGGUUCCCUGGGGGAUUCCCGGGUGGUUUCUCCUUCCAGUUUGGAUGACCUUACUUUGAGUCAGAAAGGUAUUAUGUGUAUGUAAAAAGAAAACCCAUGGACAGUCAUUCACCUGUACGGAACUUCAGAUGAACUAGGACAACAAGAAUGAAGACUGUGAAUAAGUUAUCCGUUUCACUUGUAACCGAGUUGAUUGAUUGUAAAUGUAUGGACAUCAGUAAUUGUUUAUCAUAUGAGAAACCUUGAUCCAUUUAACCAAGACAAGUGAUGUCUGAGAACUUACUCAUCACACAUGAUUCUUUUUGCUCAUAUUGAAAGGCUGUCUCCAAAUCACUCAUCUUAUGCUUAACAUUGAGGACACAUGCAUUGCUCAUAUUUUUAUCGAUCAGUUUUUGAUUAGACAGUGAUGCUUUGUAAGAAAAGUUCUCGUUUGUUACAUGCUUUAUUCCUUUUGCCUGAUGAAUUGCACUGUGAAUUGUGCGCGAGAUGACAAAUACCCCAUCUUUAAUAUCUAAAGAAUUCUGUUUACAAUGAAUCGGCAUUGAUGUUUCACUCAGCAGGUGCGUGCGUUUGUUGUGUGAUAUAUAUUUUAAUGAGUUUGGUUUUAUUUUUAUUCUCAUAUCAGACUUGUUUUUCUGUAAGCCAUGCAGCUAUUACAAGGUAUGUAUUACAAGACCUGUGGACGACUACCAUGUACCAUGUUUAUUAUGAUCAGAUUAAUGCAAUGGUUGUUACUACAAUCUGUUGUUUUUGUUUAUGUGAUGAUACUGAGAAAACGGAAGUGAAAGUAGAGUAUAUAAGUAUAUGUAUUUCUGUUGUCAUGAGGUCAUUAGGUGAAUACUGUGAUUCGUUUAUAUACAUGUCUUGUAAAUAAAGAUCUCCUGUCUGAC